UUAAAUAACUGUUGUUGUGGUAAAUAAUAGCAGAGCUUUAAAAUAAACUGUAGUCAGAGUGUAUCCAAGAAGAAUGAGAAAAUAAAGCUAUGGUUUGGAGGACGUUGUGGGUGAUGGAGUCUAUUCCUACUUUUUGGUACAUGGCUGUUUUUGCCAUGGAGAACCCAAACCAACCUUAGCAACACCUGUAAAUCCAAAGUGCCAGGCUAUUUUGAUUUAUGGUAAUUGCUUUGGUUUUGCAUCCAUUCAAUCUGUUCCUUGCUUCAAAGUUUUAUGAGGUCAUUUUGUUAAUUAUUUACUAAUACAGAUAUAUAUAUUUUCAGCUCACAUAUUAACUAUUCCUUAUCAUCACCCAACGUUCCAGGCUGCCAAGACACUGUUCCUAGAACUGUUAAAAUGUGUUUAACUUCCCUGUGCCUGGCUAUUAUUGACAAACUGAAUGGAUUCUGUUAUGUUCUACACGUUAUGCUCCUGAGUGAAAAAAGGGAAACGUUCCAUAUCCGAUGUAGCUGCUCUGAUGUGCUUUGGGGCAGUUAAUUGUUAUUGCAGCACCAGGAAGGAAUUUACCUCUGUGUAGGAUGAGUUUUGUUUGUUUGUUUAGCAAACAGUGUCUGCAGUAUUUCCCCGUAUAAGGAAAAACAAGUAACUGCUGCAAUAAUUAAAGCAUCACUUGAAGUUUCUUAAGCCCAUGCGAGCAAAGUUGUAUCCAUAUUGGUAUAUCGUAAUUUGUAUUUAGCCACUCAUUUAAAUGCGGACAUUCAGCACUUUUCUUGCCUUCUCUUUUUCCCCUAAAUCUUCACAUCCAUUUGUGGGGUAGAAAUUUCUGUGCAGACUUUGCUUCCAUUGCAGACUUCUCAGCUCUUCCUUAUAACAGACCCGAUAAGGGAGUGUCUUGCUUUACUGUCAUUAACACAAGGAAGUCCAAAAUGUAAAACAAACGCACCGCACAGUAAUGAUUAACUUUCCCUCCCACAUGUUGCAUGUCUGUGUGUUAUUAAGUAUGGUUUUACCACUGCAGACCUGCUAGUGUUAUGGAAGAGGUUUGGAGUGCAGCUUUCAAACACCGCAAUAAGCAGAUGUUUCAGUUUCCAACCUGAAGAACAGGUUCUGCAGAUAUAAAAGCAGCUAAGUGUCUGUUCAAGAUUGUUACCGCCCUCUGACUCCUUUUGCCUCCUCCCACUUUGAACUUGUUACCCUGGAGCCGAACUGUUUGAAUAAGGGCUGUAAAAGCUGCUUUGUGAUCAGUUAGCUGAGGGCCCUCAAUAUGUGAGAUGCAGGGGAGGAGCUUUCUCUCUCAGGUUUUGCAGUUCCCUCCCCUCUGCUUCUUAUUUUUUUUGUCAUGCUCAUGGAAGUUCCGAUGUACCAUGCAAAGAAGUUGGGACAGAUUGACUGCACUGUCCAGAGAGGAGAGACAAAGUUGCUUUGGAUGUGAAGGAACUUGCCUGGGCGUGCAAGUUAUCUCAAAUGGAAUUGCUCAGUGAAUGAAGUUACAUUCUUUAAAAUGAACAGCUUGUCAUAGUGGAAUUGCAGUAGAGUUUAAAAGCAAACCCCAGGUCUCAGAUUUUAAUAUUUUCUCCCCUUCCUCCCCCCCAAGCCGUUUGGUAAGUAAAUGAGAUCUUUUGAUCUGCUUCCUGAUCGAACUAUUGAGUUUGAAGUGAUAGCUUAGUUUUUCUGUGUUUCAUCUUCAGUAUCGGUGAAUUUGUUCUGGGAAGAUAUUAGAGCUCUUCUGAAUUCUAGUUGGCGCAAUGUGAUACUUUUCUCAGCACAAAAGUAUGUCUUUUGGGGUUAAACUUCAACUACUACGUUGAUAUAAAACAGGCUGAAGGAUUGAUCAUGUUAUAUGCAGGGUGUUCUUAGUCUCCCCAGUGAUACCUGCCCUGCCUCUAGGGCUGACAUCCUGUUGUUUAAAGGAAUAAGGAAUCUGACACAAUACUUAAAGUAGGGUUCUCAAACUGAGCUAUAAGUUUGUCUUCUUCAUAUAGUCUCUGCAGAUACUGUGUGACUCUUUUGUGCAUGCUGUAACUUCUGUCAAUGAACUGUGCUGGUUUUGGAGAUCAGAGUGUUUCCUGGCAUAACAGAGAUGAAGUAUUUGCAGUGAAUGUAAGCAGUGUUUUUCACUGUGGAAUUACUGCAAGAAAUUUUCAGGUGAAGCCAACUGAGUCUUUCGUUUACCUUCCUAUGAAGUCUGUCCAUUGACUCUUUGCUUCCUGUUGUAUUUGUUUAAGGAUGAAUUGUGUGCUUUUCUGUUUGCUGCCUAGGGCUUAUGGGGACAUUCAGCUUGCUAUCUGGGGGAAAUAAUCAGAACAAAUCUCUAACACAAAACCAAAAUCAAACCAGGUGUUCUGAAGAGGUGGCGGUGAAUUUCUGAGGACGUGGACAGAAGCUCUGAAAGGUGUCAUGGAGUGAAGAAAAAGCAUCUUUUGCAGAAAAAAAUAUUUUAUGAUCAGCUGACUCACAGUAGUUUCACUUUCAGAUCAGAAGAGAGUAAAGAAUAUGAAUUUGACGUGACUCAAGGCAUCUAAAUAUUCAGUGAGCCACAUAAUAUAUACACGCGUAUUGUAGCUUGAUUGCAUGCACUGAAAUGAUGCCAGUAUAUACCAGCAGAAACAUCUGUUCCUGCUAAGUCUUCCUCAGUCUCAUGGAUCUCUUUUUUGGUGUAUAGUGAGUCACAGUGACUGAACUUCCUACAAAUGAAGGACCUCUGAAAUAACCCCUGAAGCAAAGAGGUGAAAGAGCCUGGCAUCUGAAAAGGAAAUGGAUAGAUCUUGUCUCAGUGUUAAAAGAGUUUCAUGUGUCCUGCGAGCUGUGGCUUCCUUGAUUGAUCUCAAGGUUUGUGGCAUGCUAGAGAUCCUGGAAAGAUUCACAGCUGAACUCUUGUGGUGCUGGGAAGGACCAUCACAUCCAUUCUACCAAGGCUGAGCUCAGUUGUAAUUCACUGUCUGCGCUGAUACUGUAUCUUUUACUCUUGGACAUGUGGAAUAAGUGUCUGCAGAAUUAAACGAGGACAAUCUCCUGAAAGUGGAAUUCCUGAGAAGGCACGUGCUGUGAUUUCUUGAAUAAGCCAACAACAUCCUCUGAUUUUUUAUUUUUUGUGGAUUUUUAUUACUCAACUGAAAGAGUGAGCAGUGUUGCUAGGUUGCUCUGAAAGCCAGAGAUGGCUCUGCCUUCUCCAAAAUCCAUAGCAGGAGAUCUAACACAAAGAGAAGAACUCAUGCUCCAUAAUGAAAGCUGUUUUCAUUUCCUGUCUGCAAAUGUCAUCACAGUAGUGGAAAGAUGUAUGAGCUCCAUGCAAGCUGGUACCCAAAUGAUCAAACUCCGUGGUGGUUCCAAAGGGUUGGUCCGCUUCUAUUACCUGGAUGAGCACAGGACCUGCAUCCGAUGGAGACCGUCCAGAAAGAAUGAGAGAGCCAAAAUUUCCAUCGACUCUAUUCAAGAGGUUUGUGAGGGGAAGCAAUCGGAGAUCUUUCAGCGCUAUGCUGAUGGCAGUUUUGAUCCUAACUGCUGCUUCAGCAUCUACUAUGGAGAUCAUAUGGAAUCCCUUGACCUGGUGUCUUCCAGUGGAGAUGAAGCACGUACUUGGAUCACAGGGCUAAAAUAUCUGAUGGCAGGGAUCAGUGAUGAAGACAGCCUCUCAAAACGCCAAAGAACCAGAGACCAGUGGUUGAAGCAGACAUUUGAUGAAGCAGAUAAAAAUGGUGAUGGCUGUCUGAGUAUUAAUGAAGUGCUCCAGCUAAUGCACAAACUGAAUGUCAACCUACCCCGGCAAAAAGUCAAGCAAAUGUUUAAGGAAGCUGAUACAGAUGAUAACCAGGGCACACUAGGCUUUGAUGAGUUCUGCACCUUCUACAAGAUGAUGUCAACACGACGUGAUUUGUACUUGCUAAUGCUCACCUACAGCAACCACAAGGACUUCCUGGAUGCAGAUGACCUGAGACGCUUUCUGGAGAAUGAACAAAAGAUGACAGACGUGACCAGAGAACACUGUCUGGAAAUUAUCAACAAGUUUGAACCAUGCCUGGAAAACAAGAAGGCAGGAGCUCUGGGGAUUGAUGGUUUCACCAAUUACAUGCGGAGUCCAUCAGGGGACAUUUUCAACCCAGAGCACUACCAAGUGAAUCAGGACAUGAGUUACCCUUUGAGUCACUAUUUCAUUACCUCUUCACAUAAUACCUACCUCAUGGGAGAUCAGCUGAUGUCCCAGUCUAGGGUGGACAUGUAUGCAUGGGUGCUACAAUCUGGCUGUCGUUGUGUAGAAGUUGACUGCUGGGAUGGGCCGGAUGGUGAACCAAUUGUCCACCAUGGAUACACUUUGACUUCCAAAAUUCUCUUCAAAGAUGUGAUUGAAACUAUCAACAAAUAUGCCUUUAUCAAAAAUGAGUAUCCUGUUAUUUUGUCAAUUGAGAACCAUUGCAGUGUAAUUCAGCAGAAGAAGAUGGCCCAAUAUCUUACAGAAAUUCUGGGUGACAAAUUGGAUCUGUCUUCUGUGCACAACGAUGACUCUACCAGGCUCCCUUCACCAGCAAGUCUCAAAGGGAAGAUACUGGUUAAGGGGAAGAAACUUCCAGCCAACAUCAGUGAUGACGCAGAGGAAGGUGAAGUUUCUGAUGAGGACAGUGCUGAUGAGAUUGAUGAUGACUGUAAAAUAAUGAAUGGAGAUGCAUCUACUAAUAGGAAAAGAGUGGAGAAUAUAGCAAAGAAAAAACUUGACUCACUGAUAAAAGAAUCCAAAAUUCGUGACUGUGAAGAUCCAAACAACUUUACAGUUACCACUCUGCCAUCAUCAGGAAAGGCUGGUCAGAAAUCAGACAGUAAGAAGAAUAAACUUGAGGAUGAUGCAGAAUCUGGAGAAGACUUCAGUGCCAAUAAAAGGCAAAGCCGAACAUUGAUGGGCAGCUUUUCUAAACGCAAGAAAAAAGGAAGUAAAUUGAAAAAAUCAACCAGUCUGGAAGAAGGUGAAGAUGAUGCUGAUUCUCAAGGAAAUGUAGCCAGAGGCUCUGUACAUUACACCAGGAUAAACAGACAGAAGAAAACAAUGAAGUUGUCCCGGGCACUCUCAGACCUGGUGAAAUAUACAAAGUCUGUUGGCAUCCAUGAUGUUGAAACUGAAAUCUCUUCCAGCUGGCAGGUUUCAUCUUUCAGUGAAACAAAAGCCCACCAGAUACUGCAGCAAAAGCCAGCACAGUAUCUACGUUUCAACCAACAUCAGUUAUCCCGCAUCUACCCAUCUUCUUACCGUGUAGACUCUAGCAACUACAAUCCCCAGCCGUUCUGGAAUGCUGGCUGCCAACUUGUGGCUUUAAACUACCAGUCAGAGGGGAGAAUGCUCCAACUGAACCGGGCCAAAUUUAGUGCCAAUGGGAAUUGUGGCUAUGUCCUCAAACCAAACUGCAUGUGUCAAGGCAUCUUUAAUCCAAAUUCUGAAGAUCCACUGCCUGGUCAGUUGAAGAAACAGCUGGUUCUAAGAAUUAUCAGCGGUCAACAACUCCCAAAACCACGAGAUUCCAUGUUGGGAGACAGAGGAGAGAUCAUAGAUCCGUUUGUUGAAGUAGAAGUUAUAGGCCUACCUGUUGAUUGCUUCAAAGAACAAACGAGAGUAGUUGAUGAUAAUGGAUUUAACCCAAUGUGGGAAGAAACAUUGGUGUUCACACUGCACAUGCCAGAGAUUGCACUGAUUCGGUUCCUUGUGUGGGAUCAUGAUCCAAUUGGGCGGGAUUUUAUUGGACAAAGAACAAUAGCUUUCAGCAGUAUGAUGCCAGGUUACCGACAUGUAUACCUAGAAGGUAUAGAAGAGGCAUCCAUCUUUGUUCAUGUGGCUAUUAAUGACAUCUGUGGUAAGGUCAAACAAGCUCUGGGCCUAAAAGGCCUAUUUCUCAGAAAUCCAAAGCAGGCCUCCCUGGACAGUCAUGCUGCUGGUCAGCUCCAUCGCAAACAUUCCUUUAGCAGCCACAUCUUGAGACGGACAGCAAGUGCACCCACCAAAAGCCAGAAGAAGAAGAAGGGCUUUCCUGAAAUUGUUUUUGACACAAAAGACAACAGCUCUGAAGGGGCCAGUGAAGACCACGAAGCAGAAGCUGCCUCACAGCCUCGCUUCGAGCAAGAGUCAGAAAGUGCUUCUCUGUCACCAGCUCCCAGGGAUGGUGCCAGUGGGGAGGUACAUGGCAAAGGGUUGAAAGGUAAGGCCCAUAGUUCUCAUAAAGCCAAAAGUUGUGCUGCUUUCAGUGAACCCAUACAGAGGUCUAACAGGGUCCGGCUCCGGGAGCAGCAGAGUGAGAAGCAAAGUGUCUUUGCACGCUGCGCCAUCAACAGCUCUGGUAGGAUUGGAGUGGCCACCAACUGCAUGAAAUGCAUGAUUGGUUCCAAAGAAAGCCCAGAUCUAGAAAGCAAGUGGAGUGACCAACCCACCAGGCCUAUUGCUAAAGAUUUGCAUCACCAUGAUCAGUAUAGCAGUAUAACUGGAGAAGAGAGGUUAGAGCUUAAAAACUGGGGUAUUAAAGCUCAGUCCAGACCAGAGUCAGAUUUGCAGGCUUGCAGUAGCCCUGGAGAUGUUGAUGAUCUAACAAGGAGCACCCAGUCUUUUGUGACCUCAGGGAAGAAAAAUGUUGAAUCUAAAUGUCAUGGAAUAAAGGCUCAUUCCCGGCAGCGGUGGCAGUGCCAAUCAGGUGGCAAGUAUGGAAGCACUAUCAACUUGGUUGCAGCCAGCAAUGGCUCUAUAUCCUCCAACUCCAGCAGUCUAGAAAGCCUUGGAAGCCCAGAAUUUCCCAAGCGCUGUUCUGAAACUUCUCGAAGGCAAGUGGGCACCCUACAGAGGGAAAUGAAUGCCUUAUUCGUUCAAAAAUUGGAGGAAAUUCGAAGUAAAUCCCCUAUAUUCUUUACUGAUGUCAGCCAUUUCUCGAUGCAGAGGUCAGUCACUUCUUUAUGCAGCCUAGAAACUAUCACUGAAGAGCCUGUUAUUGCAAAUGACAGCCAUCACGCCAGCCUCUUCUUUCCUUUAACCAUUACUCCUUACAGUGAUUCUGAAGAAGGGUCUAUGUCUGAUUAUUCCACUGAAUCUCAAACAAAAGGAAGCAACCCAUCGAACCGGCCUCCAGAACCUCUGCUCACUACAGAACAAAGACCAAAUUUGGCUGCAGAAGACCAAGUGCAGAUAGCCACAAAAGCAGCUGACAUUAAUGUAUUAGUCCAAGACAGUGAGAGGACAAGCAUGGCAGGAUUUCUCAAAGAGGAAAAUGGUUGGACACAGGCAUGCAGUGAAGCUGAAGAUCAAGUUGAUUUGGCUGUGCAUCCUCAAAAAGCCUGGCUGGUGGUGGCAGAAGCUAAGAGUGCUGGCCAGCCUGUUGAAAACUGCCAGAAGCAGAAUGACCAAACAGGGCAGAUAUGGAAAGACUUGAAAACCACCGCUGAAUUAAAAAGCCAAAAACCUGGUGCAGCAGCUGUCCUGCAGCAGAACAGUGUGAUUAAUGGCACACAUCCAACUUUGUCUCCAGAUAUUUUCCAGAAGGCCCAGGCUGCACAGGCUCUACCUGUUUCUCAGACAAGCUCUUACAUGUUAAUAAGGAAGUCAAAGAGUGAAGGGCUGAAAAAGUCAGACUCCUCAGCUUUAAUAAAAAAUCCAAGUAGCCUAUCUCCAGCAGCAGAAGUAUACUUUGAUGCUACUGUUAAUGACCGGAUCUGGAGCAAGCUAGAUUGUAGCAAUCAUCGUGACAGCAUGUCUUCCUCUUCCAGCAUGUCCUCCAAUGACACUGUGAUAGAUCUGUCUCUACCUAAUCUAGCUCGCAAAAGCCUUCCAGAUCUUGGCAUCCGUCAUGAGAACUUUGAGCCCCUUGCCAUGAGAAGGGGUAUUCGCCCACGGUCUGCUACAACGUCAGGUAAUGAAAUGCCAAUAGUGAGCAAGAGUAAGUCCAAUCCUAACCUGAGGUCUGACCAGCUGCCAGUGGAUGAGUUGUGCCCUCGUCCUCUUGCAAGGAGUCCUCAGGAUGCGUUCUCAUCCAUUCCUAGGAGGCAUACCUGGAGCAGGCUGUACAUUGAAAGUCUCAGGCAAUCUUCUAACAAAUCCAAAGCAGAGGAUAAGGUUGGGAAUAACCAGGCAAAAUCCAAGAGUCUUGGAGACCUUACCUCUGAUGACAUUGUGUGCACUUUUGAAAGCAAAUAUCGUAGCAUCAGCAGGAGUUUUGUCACUCGAUCGAUGCGUGAGCAGCGUCGCUCUGCAGGCCUGAGAACUUCUGUCAAACCCCAGGAUGAAUUGACUGAGCAGCUGAAGAAGCUAACAGCCUUUCAGCAGGAAAAUGAUAUAACUUCCCCCAUCAGUCUUGAUCCAGCUGAAUCUGAAGAGGAGGCAGAGAGCUUAGGACUCCUUCGCAGGUCAUCAUCUCGCAGUCAGAGCAGGGUGCGGUACAUUGCCAACAGAGCCAAGCAAGCUCAGGAGAGACAGCGACUGCAAAGCCUGGGCCAGCUCGGUGGGAGUCCCAUUGAAGAGAGAGGAAAUCCAGAGGGAGCCUGCAGCGUUGCAAAAGCAGUUUGUAUGGAUAUGGCUUCUCCUGCUGUGUUUACAUCCCAGCCUAAGAACCAAACUGAUUAUAAUACUGACACAGAAGUCUUCUUUAUGCUGAAACUGUAAAUCUGGGGUGCACUGAGUAAGGUGAUGUUUACACAUAACAUAGUGACCUGAGAGGCACAAAAUAUCCUUGUAUGGCUUAGUGCUUCCUGGCCCUCCCUCAAUGGUAAAGGUAUUUAAGAUCCUGACUCCAAAUAAUAGACGAUUGUUAGACCUGUCAUCCAUCUGUGGAAUUCGAUCAACCAAGUGAAAUCAGAGACAUAUUUUUACAGUCUUAAUGAUCUGACCUUUUUUUAUUAUGUUUUUUCCAGCCUCAAAUCUGGCCUCCUUUGCGUGUGACCAUUUCUUUGCACUUGCAAAUUGCUCUGUGCAAAACUUUGCUCCUUAUUAAGUUCAUUAAUUGCUUUGUCUAGCAGUUAAACACCAGUGAUGUCAGUGACAGGUAAUGUUACUCUUAUUAAUUAUAUAUCCAUGAAAGGAGGCUAGAUUUGAAACCAUGUAACUUGUUUUGGUGUUUUCUUGAAGAGCUGGAGGCAUCUGGGAAACAGUCAAAGUUGCAGUGAUAUUUUUUCCUUAAUUAAUGAUAUAGUAGAUAAAGUCCCAUCUUUUAUUGUGGACUUGUUUAUUUCAAUGAAAAUCCACAUUGUUGCACUCUUUGAAGAAAGAAAAUCUGUUGCCAUGUUCCAAAGGAAUGCUUUUUUUUUUUUUUUUUUUUUUUUAAACCAAGUUUGUUUAUAUAUAUAUAUUGAUAUAUAUACAUAUAUAAAUAUAUGUAUGCAUCUGUGUGUAUGCAGGUAUAUGUCUGCUUGUAUGUGUACACAUGCACACACUUAAACUGAGCUGUGACUGUUUCUUGUCUCAAAACAUCAUCUGUGGGAAUGAGAUGAGAAGGGGGAAUUAGUCAGAAAAGACAGGAAACAUCUUCUGACACCCGUUCAGAAGUGACUCAAAAGCACACUGAUCUUUUCUUGAAAACAGAACCAUCCCUUCUUUAAGGUGUUUUAACAAUGCUGCUGUACAUAGCACUUUUUUGGAUGAAUUUUACUACUUCUGUAUUGCACUGCCAUGCAAAAUUUUCAAUGAUACGUUUUAAAAUAUAUAUAUUUAAUUUUUUUAGAUGAACAUAUUUAGAGUUCUAUAGCAAGCUAAAGAGAACAAUCAUUUUUCCUCCCCAUUUUAUUUUUUACUUUUUUUUUUUUUCCUAAGGUAUUUCCUCCAUCCCGUCUCCCCCCUCCAAAGUCAUUUAUUAUAGAUGUAUUUUAUGAUGGAGAAGAUUGUUUACUGAGAUGCAUUUUAAAGAGAAACAGAGGUUUAAUUUUAUUUUCAAGCUGCAUAGAGUCCCUAUUAUUGAGAAAAUAUUUUGCUUUUGUUUGUAAUGAUUCUUCUGUGUAUAUUGCAAAAUCUCAAAAUUCGUUUGUAAAACCACCUUGUACUACUAAAAUAAACAUAUUUAAUCUUCCAG